AUGAUGGUCGGCUUCUGCUUCUUCGGCAUCUCCGAGUUCAUGUCGACAGACGGCGUCUCUCUUCCGCGUAGGUUCAUGUACUUCGUCGCGAUCAUAGGAGCCCUGUGGUACUUUUUUCUGGUCCAAAGUUCGAACUUUGUCAAACAUUUUAAGCGAUUACAAGUUGGCUGCGGAUUGAUGGGAUGGGUCUUGGUUCUCACCUUCGACAUUGCCUUGAAAAGGGACGGUGCGAUCUUGACAGCGUUGUUUCCUCUCGUCUUCACAGUCCUGCUGAAGAUACCGUUCUUUGAGAGCUUCCUUUAUGGCCAUAGACAUUUACAAUUACAUGUUCCACGUACUGGUACGAGUACGAGGCAACCUUCAAAAUCAAAAGUUGUCCCUUCAUGAUCUCCUCUUCUAAUCCUUCCUCAACCUGAUCGUUCUGUUUAUGUUUUUGGUCCGUUACCUUGCAUUCGAUGUCGACAACCGCAUGGUUUUGAGCGACGAGUACCGCCAACGAGAAUGUGAGGUUUUGCCUGAUCGCGUUUGCCGCGUUUUCGACUACUUGUCUACGCUUUUCGGGCUCAUCGUCAUCUUUUCGUACGGCGGUCGUAGUCAGGAGUUCUACAACAGGCAACAGUUUGACUUGCAAUCCGCAUUGGAAAAAGCGGAACAACGAUCUAGGGAAAUUUUGCACAACAUUUUGCCACCCUUUGUGGUCGAGAAAAUGCUGGCAUCUUCGGUCAGUCGUGGGCCACCAGUGGUUGCCGAGGAUAUUGGACUGGUGACGGUGGUCUUUUGCGACAUCCAGAACUUCUCUGAGUUAGUCUUGCAGAUGGACGUUGAUCCCGGACGACUGGUGCAAGUUUUAGACACCUUGUUCAAGCGUUAUGAUCGAUUGUGCGAAGUGCAUGGGGUGACGAAAAUCGAGACCGUCGGGGAAACUUUUCUAUCAGCUCGCGGCGUUUCUCUGUCGGACACGGGGAAAGUGCGAAAUACUCGGGCUUUCAGGAGAGCGAGCAACAGGUUGAUGGCGCUAAAUAGACUGAAGAAAGACAGGAACGGGAAUAGUGGAGGAGCACUUGAUUAUGGAAUCUCACGUUAAUCACAAUCAAAUCAUUUGAAUACAUAAUUAUCAGAGUACGACUACGAGUCACUACAAGAGAUAUUCAAGAUUGUCGCCAAUGGUUGUCUUCGAACAAGUCUGUCCCUUGUUAUACUAGCCAGAGCUAAAAACCGGUGCACAGAGACGGUGAGCACACUUCUACGACAAAUGCAAUAAGUUGGAAUGCCUGAUAGUACUACAUAGAUUGAUAUGAAACAACAUCGUCCAUUCUGCACCUGCUCUAAUGCAAGAACGGAAACCCAAAUGGAAGUUCGCUCACUGGAGCUUCUGCGGAAAAUACAGCGACCGCAAAGUCCAUAACCGAUGCUGCAGCUGAUGGAGGUAGGGGAGGCAAUACAGCUCUAGCUCUUACUCUGGCCAACAAAUCCGGCAAAAAUGCAAAUGCUCCUAGCGAAAAUCGUGCCAACUCGAAAACUCCCAGAGGCAGUCCCUCGGUGGCCACGUCCGCCACAACAUCAGAGGGCCUGUUGAAGUCAAGUCCUUCAGUGAUAGACACAUUUGUCGAAGGCAGUACGAAUACAACUAAAACGACGCUUUCAACUCGGGCUUUGUUUCCCUCGUACUCGAAAACUGCAGGUAGCCUACUGAACGCCUUGCCAGGAGCACGAGGCAUGAGUGGAACUUCAGUUAUGUGCACUUGUGCUGCAAAGGGAAAGGUAUCGUCGAGACUCCAUUUUUAAUUCUACGCUUGGAAACUUUCCUAAUUUUUCAGUUUCACCGAUCCAGACGAAAAUGGAAAGCGGACCCGCCAGAAAUAAGUUGGUCUUAUCGAGGAUAGAGCCGCGUUGUUUUUUUCUUGAGACGCUCUAACUUUUGCCAGGGCUCUCGUUCCCCUUCUUUCAUCCCCUUUUCGUCACAAGGUGGCACUAGCAGUGGUCGAGCCGUCGCUGGGGGGGGGUUUCAACCCUCUUUGAGUAUCCGAAGUUUUUUCCCCUUUAGCCCAACGCCAAGUAGCCCAAGUGGGCUUUUCCGACCUCCUUUAGGAAGUGCACCUCCGACUUUGUUGCAAGAGGAUAGUGAAAAUGGAGGAGGUACAAGUACAACACCUGCUAUCUUCAACAUGCCUUUUCCUAGUCCUAGUGCUCCGACUGCGGGAAGCGGAACUACGAUGGCUACGGGAGGUCCAGGAAACAACGCCACAGCAGAUUCGAACCAAGUACAAGGAGGAAAACUCGUCACUCAGCAUGGAUCGACUACUUCUGGCGCAGGUUCGAAACAAGUACAAGGAGGAAAACUCGUCAGUCACAAGAAUGACAACAACAACCUUGCCUCCAUACCUUCACCCACUACUCCUGCAUCUCCUGCUGACGGCACUGGCAUUUUAGAUAGUCCUCUGAGUCCUCAUCAUGAUUAUGCUGCGAAAGACGCGUACCGAUCUCUGCUUUUUGCCUGUGAGCAGAUCCGAGUUUCGCGGAACAUAUUUCUGAGGAACAACGUGGAAACAGGUGCUCCGGAGUUUUUGCAGGUAAAGAUCGGCUUAAACACUGGCCGCGUGAUUGCUGGCAUUGUCGGGAGUCGAAAACCACAGUAUGCACUUUUCGGCGACACGGUGAACACUGCCAGUCGCAUGAAGGGUAAGAGCGAAGCGGACAAGAUACACUUGAGUCAGAGCACCUACGACUGGGUUUGUCUGCACAUGGGCGGACGGGAAGAACUGGAAAAAAUUUUCGUUUUUGAAGAACGAGAACUAGAAGUCAAAGGCAAGGGUUUGAUGCGGACAUACCUGCUACAUGGGCUGGUGAAUCAUCAGCCGGAAACGACCGUGGUGGAUCGGGGAGCGGUGGUCGCAGUUAAUAUGGAUCGGGUAGCCGCGACUGGCGGCAGAGGUAGUUGGAACGGAACAAGUUCGCCGCAAAAGAUCAAGCCUGCAGAGCAAGAGAGACGAAAGAGCGCUGAUGAUGUAGUCGGAAGAUCAUCUGGUGCAGGAAGUGGAGGUACAAAAACUACGUCAACAUCAGCUGGAGGUGGAGCUGCAGGCUCAUCGUCUAGUACAAUAGUAGGAGGUCGAGACACGAAAACUAUAGAUAUAGGAGAGAAGUGGGUUUCGGGAAGGAUAGAUUUAGAGAAAGAGCAAGAGGAUUUUCUCGACAAGAGGAUCAAGAACCUCCCAGCACAAUCAAUGCCUCUAUCAGCGCUACGUGGGAUAAGCACAACUUCAGGCUCGGAUGAGAAAGAAGAUGCUGCUGACGAUGAGAAGAAACAGGAGCAGGAGGACGAAGACGCUGGAUCAAGAAAAGCACAAGGCGAACAACAAAACAAGAAAGUAAUAGGAAAGGCAUCUCCAUCUAAGAACCGAAUAAAUCAAGAAGAAGGGGGUAUCGAGGUAGACAAGCGUACGCCAGGUUCGGAAGACAGUCGAUCGCAUUUGCUAUGGACGAAAUCCAAGCCUGAACCGGCCUCACUUCCACAGCCUCCAGCGCCGAUCGAGCUGAUCAAGGACCGCCAACGCUCAGGCGAAAGCAGUGUUGGCAGUAUGCUGAAUGGGGACGACGAUGAUGACGAAGAAGGAGACGCAAGCGGAGACGCAGGAGGCGGGGACGAGGAUGAGGAAGCAGAAGAAUCUGGUGCGAAUAAGAUCAACAUCAUCGCUGUCGGUGCAGUUGGUAAUAUCAUGGAAUACAUCGAGGAUUUUCAUCAGCAAAACGAUCCAGGUGGUGCUGGUAUUACAGGGUCAAAAGGGCUGGGUGCGGAUGACGUCUCAGGAGCCGGAAAUCUUCAGGGAGGGGGCGGCGCUUUGGCCCUAGCAGCGGCUGGUGGUAUUAGUGGAAAUGUUGCAGGUGCGAAGCCGGAGGGAGGUUACACAGUCGUUUUCGUCGAUGAGAACGGCCUGCUGACAGUGGAAUACCCGCCACCGGCAGUGCAGCCAAUGCGCUCAGUGACAGUUCAAUUUCUUCCGGGAAGAUCUUCAGGCCACUCCGGUCCACUUUCUCAAGCUGCUAAAGCCGCUUUAACUACAGCUUCGUCAUCUUCGAAUGCCAGGACGACCACGUCUAGUGAUAUUAACAAGAUAAGCAAGAUGAAAACUUCUGAACGAAAUCAGAUGAGCCAUAGAAGGACGUCAGCCACAGGAGGUGGUGGAGCUGCUCGUCGAGGAAGUAACAACACUGGAAGCAGGCAGAGUGCGCGUGCAGAUGUGAAAAGACACUCAUCAAACAAUAGUUCCAAGCCACGUGGCAGGGCAAGCUUGCUCUCAUUCACGACCGGCCUCGGUAGAAGGGUAUCUUCAGGCGAUGAUGAACCUACUUCGCCUUCACCGAGACGAGCUAGCCGAACGCACUCGACACGUCGUCGACGCACGACUAAGCGAGUUUCUACGCGGGCUUCUAUGACGGCCUCAGUGAGGCAGAACUCAACAGUGCGCAGCAUGACAUCCUUCUGGGGAACCGCACGGACGAGCAUCACAAGGAGGACGACUGACGUUGUUAUGGACGAGUGUAGGAGUUUUUGUUUCCGUCUACGACUGUUUAAAUACAACUUCUAACAUCGCCUUCUCCCUCAUCUUGUUCUUAAUCGCUUUUUUGAAUCUUGUUCUAACAUCGCCUUCUCCCUUAUCUCUAAUUUUCCAAGUACCUUUGCUGGUGUUGCUUUGAGCUUGCGGAUCGUUCGACGUGGUACGUCUCUAGGCCAAUCGCGGGUGGCGCUUGACCACUGGCAAUUUUCGGAUGCUAUGGCUCUCAUCGCGGAUGCUUUUGUGAAUUCUUUCCGGGACCAUUUGUAUUGCUGCAAUUAAGGCUUGUUCUGGAAACCCAUCUUGUGAAAAUACUUACAUGUUGGACCGUCCUCUUCGUCUAAAGGGAAAACGGCUUGGACCUUCUUCUAGUGGGCUUUAUAAGGGGGGCGAAUGGGUGUCCAGGAUCAUGACUUUCAAAGUGGAAUUCGGGAACGUCUAAUGUAAGCGUUCUAGACGACCUCAAGCAUCCACUUUUAUCCUGUCAGACCUUUCAGAGACAGGAGUCCGACGCUGGGGGCCAGACGGGGUUAGUGGAGUAGAAGGUGGAUUGUCUUCUUCAUCUUCUUCCAGUCGUUCAAGGAGUAUAAUUAUGGGCCGCGGGAACGGAACUGGAACAAGAGCUGCUGCUGGUGGCUUUAAUCAGAACGGCGAGGAUCAAGACCGCUUUCGCUAUGCUCAGGAACAGAGUAGUGGAGGCAUUUUGGACCGCUUGGGUCGCGUCUGUGACGGAAUCAUAGACGUUCUACCUCUAGCAUCACUAGGUGGAGGCUCCGGAGAAGAAGAAGGUGGUCAGAGGACAACUACUGGAAAGGACAUGUUGAAAAGUGUGAGAAGGUCUUGGGGUAAAUUCGCUCAGCGUCUAGGCAGAACUGCGAUAUUGAUGCGAAGGCGACGUACUAGAAGUUCGGACCUUGACGAGCAAGAAGAUUUCCAAGAGCAGGGUAGUUCCCCCAGAGGAACCGGACGAGAUCAUAGUCCCAGUUCUGGCGAGCUCAGAGGUCGGAGUGGGAUGAGAGAUCGAAGCAGAUUGUUGAAGAGCAAUAGGGGAGGCAAGUCCUCUGAAGCUGGUAGAAGUAGAUCGCCAAUGUCUGGUGGUGCAACGGGGAGUGGAAAGAGUAGAUCAGGACACGAUCGUGGAGGUGUUCUAGCUCAACAAUCCGGCGCCAAAAGUUCAGGAGAACAUGGUGGACCAGUGGACAUUUUUCUGAAGAUUCGUAUGGAAUUUUGGCUCUCUUUCAAGGAUUUCGCCUUGGAGAAACGCUACGUCGAACAGUGGUACGGCGACGAAAACCGGUUUCGCAAUCUCUUAACGUAUUUGUCAUUUUUCGUGUUGAUCUAUCUGAUGACGUCGAUUCCCCUGCUGUUGCUGCCACAGAAUCCACCGAUCGAUGUCACGCGUGCUGUGGUUUGGCGUAUCGCCUUUCUGGUCGCGGCCUUGAUAAUGUUCGGAUUCAUUCGGCGGCGUGUAGCAAUCAUUCAGGAGCAAAAGCACGAUCAGUUGCGAUCAAGGGUAAGAGCGAGUCGGGAAGAUGGAAAUAGCAACAAGAUGCUCAUCUCCACUUCAGAAGCUCUUCAUCAGAGUGGUAAACAUCAGAGUACAAAAGAUCCCUCUAAGCACAAAAGAAAACAGGGACCUUUUUCAUCUUCCACUGGCAGAAAAGGAGCAUCACAAACCGGAAGCACAUCUGGUCGGAGUACAGGAAUAGAAAGAUCAGGAUCUUCUUGGCUGCAUGACAGUGCCCUUCGACACACCUGGCAUCGAGCGAUCGAUAGCCUGCGAAGACAAACAAACAUCUUCUUCGCGCCAUUAAAGCGCACUGGCUUUGGGUUUGGAGCCCUAGACGAGCACGAGAACGAACAAGAAGAUGCAGAAGAUGGUCGUGAGGCGCAUCCUAGUGCAUACAUGACAACGUUUUUGGGGUUUUUUAGAAACAGUAACAGAGGAAGUACGACUGGUCGUGAUACAAUGAGGACAAGUGCAACAAGUGGAACAACAAGAACGACCAAUGGCCUUGUGCAAAGUAAAGAUAUUAGUGACGAUAGUGCUGCGCCGGGAAACAGCUUCUCCCUCGGUAGCGGGUUCUCAGCAACGUCAUCAAAUGUUGACGACGGUAGGGAUUCCUAUGGCAGAAGAAAUCAUUGUGCAUCGUCGUGUCCGUGUCUCAUCCGAUCGAUUCUUGGAUGUUUUCACGAAGUCGCGUUGAGCUUGACUUCGUGUUGUCGACCACGUGGCCGCAGGCGAUCGCACAGUCUUUUUCUGGGUGGUUUCGCUUUCGACGAUGAAGACGAUGGUGUAAAUCAGUCGAAGCGUGGAGUGAUGAACAAAUCUAAGCGUCUUAUCGGCGCAGAAGCUGUCCUUGCAGUAGCAGCUAAGGACCCUGGCGUUUCCAUACCUUUAGACGCCUUCCGCAGACAGAGGAGUAUCGGGAAUGCUGAUAAGAAGAAACUACCGAUAUCCGCGUCGUCUUCUUAAGGCUACCGCAGAAGCAUCCUCAGCGCCAUCCUUGGCCCUUUUUCUACUUGAAAAAGAAGCCAAGGUGGAUGGCGUCAGGGAUGCAAACGUGGCGGCUCUAAUCUUCACCAAUUCGCGACGUGGCUUCGAAUGCUGCGACCAAGAGUCGAGUUUUUGUGGGGAGAACAGCAAGCGACGAGACAUCACCCGAUGCAAAAGUCAAUUUGAUGCGGAUAGGGCCGACUCUAACUCCAGCAGCUGCAGGCUCAAGUGGGGAUAAGAUUAUGAUGGCAAGAUCAUCUCUAUGCUUUAUCAUGUUCAUUUUUGUCUAUCGCCACCUGCUCCAUGAUCUGUAAUUCGCGCAAGAAAAGCUUUCUGAAGAGUUGGAGGUCAUCAUAAGCUAUCAUAGGAUUACGAUUACAUGCAAAAAUUGCAAUAUUUGCAAGAUGUUGACUACCAGGAUUUUCCACAAGUGUAUCUAUAAUCAAUCUAGUAUCUCCUACUUCUCCACUUUCAUACAACUAGCCGCCUCCGCCACUCCGCGUAGUGUUGCUAGCGCGUUGGUAAGUCGCGUAGCUUUAGCUAGUACUAGACCGCCUGACCUGGUACGAGAUAGAUCAGGAGGCUCAAGUUCUUCGCGCGAGGAGAAAACGAAAGAAGGAGAUCACCGCGACAUGCGCUUAAUGGAAUUGAAAAGCACGAAGAUGACUACUGUCGUGAAUAAGAAGAUCGAUGAAACGCAAGAACUAGAAGGUAAAAAUGAUCUUCGGGAUUGCGAACGUAAUCAUGGUCCUCAAGGUGAAAGUGGAAAGCUACUUGUUUUAAAACCUCCUGGCGGACCUCCUUUGUCUGACCAGCCAGAAGACAGUGACGAAGAGAAGUCCGAUUCAUCCUUCUCCGCGUUCUCGAGUAGCGACGACGACGAGGAGUGCGUGGAUCCGUUUGAAGAUAUGGAUCGCCAACGAGCCUUCGCAAUGUGGUUCUAUGGUGCAACGGAUUCAGGCUUUGGUGGUGGGUCAAGAGCAGGAGGUGGAGACAGUAAUCUUCACCUUGAUUCCUCGUCAAAUGCACGUGGAGGUGAUCUUCGUGGAACAAACAACAAGCACAACAAGAGCAGCAACUUCGGAGGAGCAGGAGCGCACCAGUCGGUGCCAGUGUCGCAACAUGCUGGUAAGAAAAGCAGUGCUGAGCAGAGAAAUCAAGAUAGACAUCGAGGAGUUGCGUCCAUUAUACAGAAAGUGAAUAUAGAAAGUGCGCCAUUAUCUGGAGGAGCCAUUGUUGCUACGGAGAGCGACCACGAUGUUGAUCGUCAGAAUCAGUCAGAAACAGAAGCUAACACAGCCCGUAAUGGUGCUUCUGCGUCUGCCUCCUCGGGCGACGAACAUGACCACACUUCUUCCAGGGUGUAUCCCCCAGCGCACCGCGGUACCAACAGCAGCUCGUCUCCCCAGCGUACCCCUUCAACAGUCACCUUUCCUGCAAGCGUGCUCAGUUCUCAAGCUGGCAGCAUGUUUCGACACGUGAAAGACCGGCUAAUGAAGAGCCCUGGUGCAGACAUUAGCUCUAGAAUCGAUGCUGAAUUAGAGCGCGCUGCAAGUCCAGGGAAGAAUAGUUAAGAAGAGCACAUUGAUGUCAAUGAAAGUCAAAAUUCUGCGGGAUAAUCAACAAGGCUAGUGAUUAAGAACAAGUCCUUGUUCUUCUACUAUAAUCACUGAAGAACAGUACUACUAAUACUAUGAGUAUCCUGCAACAUCUAAUUCGAUGACUGCGCCGACUUGGAAGUAGGGAGCGCGGCAGAUUCCGUGGGAUCCAGUGGCGGAGAACAGCCGCAUCCUCCUGCAUCCGACGCCAGCACAGUCAUGUGGAAUAACGGACACCAGAUGAAAGAUCCUUCCUUCAUCACUACUACCGGCUCGCGUGGCGUCUACACAAAUGAGCUUCGGUCGCUAGGCUCGUUCCUGCAUAGCCAUUUUCGCAGCCCUUCUCCACUGAAGAGGCUAACCGGACAGAUGCCGGAACAAUCGCCAUCUCUAGUAGCCAUUGACGAAGAGAGGCAAACAGCGGGACACGGUGGGAAUAUGGAGCAGGGAUCAUUUGGAGGAGGAGGUGCAGGUGGUGGUGGAAGACAAGUUAAGACACCGAGUUCUUGUCUGAGUAACACUAACAUCUACGGGCACUACUAACAUUGUCAUCAGGGAUCAACACAUACAUGUAGUUGUCACCAGAUAGGAGGAUGAGGGACUCCUUGUUUGUUUUUUAAAUUUUCUUCUUCUAAGACCACAUCAGCCUCAUCCUCGAACUCAAGACCAACCAGUGGAGGCUUCGGAAAAACGUGGUCUGCUAUGUGGCGUUUAAGGUCUCCUGGUGGCUCCGCAGUAGGAGUAGCCCAAAAACAGUCUUCGCUUAGACCUGCUAUACAAGCGACGUCUACACUCAACAGCGCUCCUUCUCCCGCUACAAGCACAAACUGCCUAGUUGCCCCUUCUCCGCUUUCAAGUGCUGGAGGGGCUGGGUAUUCUACUGCAUCCGGAUCUGCAUCUGGUGCAGAGCACCACAUGGGAGGAGGUUAUUCACCAUUGUCAACACCUGGAGCUGGAGGUAGUGGGGGAGCACCAUCACCAGGAGGAACGAACAAACACUUUGGGAAUGGCAUUCGCGCAACUACUAGCGUUUCUUCGAAGAGUAGUUCUAGUUCAUUCGGUGGUGGAGCAAACUCUGUUACAACCACUGCUCUCUCCAUUGCAAUCCCGAAAACUCUGUCGGAAAGAACUUCACGCGUUUCUCGCACCGUCUCACGAGUAGUGUCCAGACCGGUGUCAAACUUUGUCACCGUCUUAGGCAAAAUGGUCAUCGUACUGAUCGGAGGAACCCUCGCACUAGUUUUCGCUGUACCUGUGAUGUAUGGUCGGAGAGUGUAUGCGUUUUUACGGAGUUCUUUGCGAGAAGCUGUGAAGCGAACCCGAUUGCAAUGGAACGCGCAGAACGUGGGAAUCACGUUUCUGUUGGCUUUCUUUUACAGCGUUGGCCUGCUGAAUCACAUUCUCUCCCCUCUCUACGUCACCGCAAACGAGGACGGUCAGCAUUGGCUAACCUACGCCUUCGGCAUGGAACUGAUGCUCUGGAUCGCUCUUCUCUCCACCGGAAGUGGCCUCCUACUCUACCCACUCUUGCUCUGGGUCAACGUCGCGCUUUUUUCCGUGUUUGGAGCCUUGUGUAUUUUCAGCUACCAAGCCACCAGCCUCUGGCGAAUGGAGAUUGCGCAGUUCGUCGCAGCCUUCAUCUUCAUGAACCUGCUAGGGGCCUAUAGUCGCGAACAAUUUUCGCGACUUGUGUUUGUGAAACUGGCAGACCUCAGCAGAACUGAGAAACGCAGUGAUCAGCUGUUGAAGGAGAUGCUCCCAUCUUACUUGCUGCAGGAUUUUAGGCUCUCUGGUGGCGCAUCAUUGAAAGUCGUACGAGAAUAUCAGAAGAUGACGUGUCUGUUCGCAGACAUUUCGGGAUUCACGGCUUAUUCGCAGAAGGUACUGCUCACGAGUAGGAGUUGUGACUCUACUUCGAUCAUCUUCGAAGAUUAGAAGUACUAACGAACUUCGACUACACGGAGCUUGAAAUUGAGUGUUAAAAAAUUUCCGAGCAGAAAAGAACACUGUUCUUCUUGUAUUAAAACUAACUAUUUGAUUUUGAUAUUUUCGUUGUACUUCUCAACGUAAGAACUGAACAUCUACAUGAUCCACACUUGAACAUCACGACCAGGUAAGCGCUUUCAAAGUGGUUCAACUUGUAACCAGACUCUUCUCAGCAAUCGACGACCUGAGCAGAAGAGUCGGAGUGUACAAAGUUUGCACGAUCGGAGAUUGCUAUGUGGCCACUCUAGAACCCCAAGUCGACUACACUGAAGAACAAUUAGCCGCUGGCUGCUCAGACAUGUUCAAAUUCGCUGCUGGACUCAUAUUCUUGGUGCGUGGGCUCAGGGAUGAUCUGCAGAUUGAGGUAUUCUUGCUUCUUAUAUUUUUGAAUUUUUUUGACGAGGAGGAGGAAGUAGAUCUCCUUUGAAAUAGUGAGUAAGAUGAGCAUGAUCACCUUUAUCAAAAUCGUGAUGAAUCGUCCCAGCAUAACCAUAUGCGGCAGCUGCUAAUGUUAACAACAAACAAGCAGAAACUACCUCCAACCUUCUACCAUGACCAUACCAGGGCCUCGGCAUGCGAGUCGGUUUGCAUCUAGGCACAUUUGUCGGCGGUGUUAUUGGGCAGCGGAAAUUAAGGUACGAUAUUUGGGGUGUGGAUGUACUCGUGACAAACAAGAUGGAAAGUUCUGGACAACCUGGGCAAAUCUGCGCAUCGGCAACACUGAAAGAGUAUACCGAAAUCACGUUCCCAAAGCGGUUCAAAUGGACUCCUCACAAAUACGAUGAAGAAUACGAAAUGCAAGUGUACCGACUGUUGAAGGAUCGGUCGUUAUCGUGGGCGGGCGGAGGAGGUGGAGGUGCGGAAAGUGCAAAUGGUGGCAAGCAUAGAGAUCGAACAGGGUAAAUAGAUGAUAUGAAAAAGAAAAUUAUCACAUCAAUAUGUUAUUGUUAAUGCCUUAAGUACUUACUUAGAAUAAGACUGUUUCGAAAUUGCAUGUUGUAUAUUUUUGUGAAUCGUGAUCGUCGUGUUUGUUUCAUCGGAAUCAUAUUGCUCCUGCUACAAGUUACGUAUUUUAGUCAGUAUCCAUACAACGUAGCAAACUUAGGAGAUGAAAAUAGUACCUCGUCUCUCCAAUAAAGAAAUAGUAUUUUUGCCGUGUGCAGGUGCACGACGUUAUCGGGGCGCAGGCCGAUGAAUUUUUAUGCGUUCCAUAUUUGUGUUUUUUGUGCUUAUCAGUCAACGUAGGCGGGUGAGAACCAUUAGAGUUUGCGAGUUUAGUGUAGUAGAAAAGCGUAGCGAUGACUACAAGUGAGCUUUUUUUCCAACGUUUUUUGUUCAUUUGACAUGCAGAUCUUUUUAGAAUUACGAGUAAGUAUACAGUUUGUCCGUUGUUCUUGCAUUACCACGCGCUAAUAGCUGUUAGUUCAAAUUGAUCUUGUUCAUAUUUUUUAGCUAAUUCAGUUUCAGAUACUAGAGGCUUUCAACAUGCUCCUCCUGAAGUUAGUAGAUAGCACAAACGAGCAGGACUGAUCCUCUGGCUUUUUUUUUAUGGGACGAGAUCUUUUCAAGACAUGCACAUGCACAUGCUGUCACGACACAGAGCUAGUGAUUGACAGCUUUUAAAAACUUUACGUCACAACUAUGACAGUUUUUAAAAACCCCACGUCAUGAAUGACAUGCUGAUCGUGAAUUGUGG